UGCUCGGGCCGGCGCAGCUGUCAAGGAAGCAGCUGAGACCUGCCGGGAGCACCUCCAGACAUAUAAACUGUCAAGGGGCGAGAAACCGGCGCUCCUGGACAUUUAAUCUGCCAACAGCCUGCAGCAGUGGCAGUGGGCAGCAAUGACCUGGUAGCCCCCCCGAGUGCACCAUGAGCUUCCGGACUCAGCUGUGGCUCCUGCUGUGGAAGAACAUCACCUACCGGCGGAGGAGGAGGGUCCAGCUGGUAAUCGAGCUGCUCUGGCCCCUCUUCCUGUUCUUCAUCCUCAUCUCUGUGCGCCGGUCUCACCCCCCCUUCAAGCAGAGCGAGUGUCACUUCCCCAGCAAGGCCCUGCCCUCGGCUGGUGUGCUGCCCUGGAUCCAAGGGAUUGUCUGCAAUGUCAACAACCCCUGCUUCCGCUACCCCACCCCAGGAGAGAGCCCGGGGCUGGUGGACAACUUCAACAACUCCCUCCUCUCCCGCCUUUUUGCUGAUGCUCAAACCAUCCUCUCGCAUAAGAACAGCCAAUCAGCUUUUAGUAGCUUCCAGGAGGUGCUUUCUGAGCUCCGCAGACUGGGAGAACGACGGCAGUUGUGGCCAGAUCUUCCUGUUGGCGAAUAUCUACGACCCAAUGAGACCUUCUCCAGUUUCCUUCUGGUCAACGCCAGUCUGGCGCCCCACACCGUAGACCAGCUGUUGAAGUCGCGCCUCGGUUUCCAAGUGGUGUCCCUAGCAGGCUCCAGGCUGCAACUGAAGGACAUUGUGUGCAAUUCCUCUCUGCUGCACCAGUACCUGUCUGUGGGCAGCGAGGGGUCCUUCUCCGAGCUCCAGGCCAGUCUGUGUGUCCUCCCCCCUGAAACGUUGCAGAGUGCUGAGCGUCUGUUCCUCUCCCAGAUUGACUACAACAAGCUGUUCAUGCAGGUGAGCCUGCGCUCUGACCCGGAAGAGUUCCUUAAGGUCACUGAAGCUUUCAGCUCUCUCUCUCAGGAACUGGCUGUCAUUCUGAAGGAUUCUUCCUCCCUGUCCAGUUUCUCCGAACUCCGGGAGGAGGUGCGUGGGCUGACCAGUCGGAACCAGUCAGCCUCACCACGGGAUGGGUUCGGAGCACUACCCCGAAUUGUGUGCGGGCACCCCGACGGAGGAGGGGACCGCAUUCCGUCCCUCAACUGGUAUGAAGAUAAUGACCUCAAGGCCUUCCUGGGCAAGAACGACGCCGAGCAAACUGAGGCCCUGAUGGACAACGCCACCACCCCCUUCUGUAAGAGCCUGAUGCAGAGCCUGGAGUCCAACCCGCUGUCGCACGUGGUGUGGAGGGGGAUCAAGCCUCUCUUCGUCGGCAAGCUGCUCUAUACCCCCGACACCCCGGCCACGCGCCGCGUCAUGAGAGAGGUGAACAGGACCUUCCAGGACCUGGGUGUUCUGGGGGACGUGCAGGGGGCCUGGGAGGAGGUGGGCCCCCAGAUAUGGAAGUUCAUGGAAAGUAGUGUGGAGAUCAGACUUCUGCAGGAUCUGCUGAAACGACCAGAGAUAGCCACCCUUCUAGACCUCCGUCUCUCCAACUCCGACUCCACCUGGACCGCAGCCCAGAUUGCACACUUUCUGUCUACGCCUCCGGAGGGCGCCCGAAAGGAAGUGGAGGCAGGCCCCACCUGGCAGGAUGUUUACUGGGAUGUGAAUGAGACCGUUGCCACCCUCUUUCAGUUCAUCCAGUGCUUCUCCCUCAACAAGCUGGAAGGCGUGCCCUCAGAGGGCCAGCUGGUGUCUCGGGCACUAGACCUGCUGGAAGACCGUCAGUUUUGGGCAGGCAUAGUCUUCCUUCUGCCCGACCCAUCCUCCGAAACUCUGCCCCCGCACGUCUCCUACAAGAUCCGCAUGGACAUCGAUGACGUCACCCGUACCAAUAAGAUCAAGGACAGGUUCUGGGACCCGGGACCAGCUGCAGACCCCUUCGGUGACAUGCGCUAUGUGCGGGGUGGCUUUGUGUAUGUGCAGGACCUGGUGGAGCAGGGGCUGGCCAGGGUGCUGGGCGGGCAGGAGCAGCGCACUGGGAUCCACGUGCAGCAGAUGCCUUACCCCUGCUAUGUGGAUGAUGUUUUCCUACGGGUGCUUAAUCGCUCUCUGCCCCUGUUCAUGACCCUGGCCUGGAUCUACUCUGUCGCCAUGAUAAUCAAGGACGUCGUCCACGAGAAGGAGGCUCGGCUGAAGGAGACCAUGCGCAUUAUGGGCCUGAGCAGCAGUAUGCUGUGGUUCAGCUGGUUCAUCAGCAGCUUCAUCCCUUUCCUCAUCAGCGCCGCCCUGCUCAUCCUCAUCCUCAAGCUGGGCGAUAUCCUGCCCUACAGCGACCCCCUGGUGAUCUUCACCUUUAUGGCUGCCUUCGCCACGGCCACCAUACUGCAGUGCUUCCUCAUCAGCACCUUCUUCUCACGUGCCAACCUGGCAGCCGCCUGUGGGGGCAUCAUCUACUUCUCCCUCUACCUGCCCUAUGUCCUGUGUGUCGCCUGGAGGGACCACGUCACCUUCGGCAUCAGGAUCUUCACGAGCCUGCUCUCUCCGGUGGCCUUUGGCUUUGGCUGUGAAUAUUUCUCCCUCUAUGAAGAGCAGGGCGUGGGCAUCCAGUGGAGAAACCUGGGCUCCAGCCCUGUGGAGGGGGAUGGGUAUAACUUCAGCACUUCUAUCGCACUUCUGCUGGUGGAUGCCCUGCUGUAUGGACUGGGCACCUGGUACAUUGAGGCAGUUUUCCCAGGUCAGUUUGGGGUCCCGAAACCCUGGUACUUUCCUUUCCUGCGCAGUUACUGGCUGGGUGAGACUCCAUCUGAUGCGCACUUGUCCAUUCCUCCCCUCAGCAAGGCCCAGACAGAGGUGUGUAUGGAGGCAGAGCCCAGCCACCUGCCCUUGGGGGUGUCCAUCCAGGACCUGGUCAAGGUUUACAGCUCGGGGGCCAAACUGGCCGUCAACCACCUCAACCUCAACUUCUACCAGGGCCAGAUCACGUCCUUCCUAGGGCACAACGGUGCUGGGAAGACCACCACCAUGUCUAUCCUGACUGGCCUGUUCCCCCCCACUGCCGGGACGGUAUAUAUCCAGGGCAAGGACAUCCGUACGGAGAUGGACUCCAUCCGCAGGACUCUGGGCAUGUGCCCUCAACACAACGUCCUCUUUGAUAUCCUGACAGUGGAGGAGCACGUGUGGUUCUAUGGGCGUCUGAAGGGCAUGUCCGAGGAGGAAGUGAGAGCAGAGAUGGAACAGAUGCUGCAGGAUGUGGGGCUGCCUCACAAGCGCAAGGAACAGACCAAGAACCUUUCUGGGGGCAUGCAGAGGAAGCUGUCAGUGGCCAUCGCCUUCGUGGGGGGGUCAAAGGUGGUGAUUCUGGAUGAGCCCACAGCUGGAGUGGACCCCUACUCGCGUAGGGGCAUCUGGGACCUGCUUCUGAAAUACCGCAAAGACCGCACCAUCAUCCUGUCCACACACUACAUGGACGAGGCGGACCUGCUGGGCGACCGGAUCGCCAUCAUCUCCCAGGGUCGGCUCUGCUGCUGCGGCUCCUCCCUCUUCCUCAAGACCCGCCUGGGCACCGGCUACUACCUCACUGUCGUCAAGAGGGAAGCCAGCAGCGUGCCCCCCAGCAGCGCCAGCGCGGGCACCCUCUCCCUAGCCACAGCCAGGAAUGACAGCGACUCUGCCAGGAGCUAUGACACGGGUCUGGGCAGUGAGCAGUGCAGCGAGAUCAGCACCACAGAUGUGCCGGGGCUGUUGGCCUUCUUAAGGCAGUACGUGGCGAAGGCACGGCUGGUGGAGGAUGUGGGCAGGGAGGUGGUGAUCAACGUGCCACAUUCAGCGGCGCAGGAUGGCAGCCUGGCGCUACUCCUGGCAGAGCUGGAUGGGCGGCUGUCCGAGCUAGGCGUGGGAAGCUAUGGGAUCUCGGACACCACGCUGGAGGAGAUCUUCCUGAAGGUGGCAGAGGAGACAGGCGUGGAUGCUGUCCCAGCUGAUAAACAGGAAGAACCUCCUUAUCCCCAGCAGCAGGCUGACCCUGCUGACACCGACCCAGAGAUAGGAAAGAAACAGCCCCGCAAACCAGAGCCCCUGGAGACGGACCUGCUGAGUGGGGACGGGAGGGGCUCGGCGCCCCUGUCCGGCUGGAGCCUGACCAGGCAGCAGCUGCGGGCCCUGUUCGUCAAGAGGUGGCUGUACGAGGCGGUGAGAACGGAGAACCGAGAGGUGAGAAGGAUUUUCCUUGUCCUGUCCAGCGUCGGGAACGCCUCGGGUCCAGAAGCUCAGUGCACGGAUGGAGGCACGGAAUUUCGAAUGCCAGCGGUGCCCCCGGCUGUCAUGGAGCUGAUCAGCAACGGCAACUGGACUUCGGAUCGGCCCUCGCCCGGCUGCCAGUGCAGCUCGGAGGAGAUCCGCAGGAUGCUACCCGAGUGCCCAGAGGGAGCUGGUGGGCUGCCUCCUCCACAGGUCAAAAGAAUGACUGGAGACAUCUUGCAGAAUCUGACUGGGCGUAAUCUGUCCGACUACCUGGUCAAGACUUAUUCCCAGAUUCUCAGCAAGAGCCUGAAGACUAAGAAGUGGGUUAAUGAGUUCAGGUACGGCGGUUUCUCUGUGGGUGCCCGCAGCUCUCAGGUCCUACCUUCAGGCCAGCAGGUCAAACAGAUGGUUCUGGCAAUAAGAACACGGUUCAGAGUGGACGAGAAUGGCUCCCUGGACAGGCUGCUGGAGAGAUUGCCAGGGUUUGUUAGCAGGCUGAGUUCCCAGAACAAUGUCAAGGUGUGGUUCAAUAACAAGGGCUGGCACGCCAUGGCAUCCUUCCUCAACAUCAUGAGCAACGGCCUCCUGCGUGCCAGCCUCCCUCCGGGCCCCGAGAGACAGCGGCAUGGCAUUACGGCUUUCAACCACCCGCUCAACCUCACCAAGGAGCAGCUGACCGAAGUGGCACUGAUGGCCACCUCAGUCGACGUGCUGGUGUCCAUCUGCGUGAUCUUCGCCAUGUCCUUUGUGCCGGCCAGCUUUGUGCUCUUCCUCAUCGAGGAGCGGGUCAGCAAAGCCAAGCACCUGCAGUUUGUGAGCGGCGUGAAACCCAUCGUCUACUGGCUCGCCAACUUCACCUGGGACAUGUGUAACUAUACGGUACCUGCCACCAUGGUGGUGCUGAUCUUCCUGUGCUUCCAACAGCAGUCCUACGUCUCCCCUACAAACCUGCCCGCCCUAGUGCUGCUGCUCCUGCUGUAUGGCUGGUCCAUCACCCCCCUCAUGUACCCAGCCUCUUUCCUCUUCAGCGUGCCCAGCACAGCCUAUGUGGUGCUCACCUCCCUCAACCUCUUCAUUGGCAUCAAUGGCAGUGUGGCCACCUUCGUCCUGGAGCUAUUCACAGACCAGCUCAUCAGAGCGAAACAGACCUUGUCCCCACUGUCCUGGGACUUUGUUGGCAAGAACGUGUUUGCUAUGGCAGUGCAGGGAGCGGUGUUCUUCCUCUUCACCCUGCUGCUGCAGUACAAGUUCUUCAUCAGCUUCCGGCCAUUCGUGGGCUCUCUGCCUCCCCUGGGCCCAGAGGAUGAGGAUGUAGCCAAGGAGAGAGCGCGAGUGAGCAGUGGGAGGCCCAGUGGUGACAUCCUGGUUCUGAAGGAGCUGAGCAAGGUGUACAGGCAACGCAAGACUCCUGCCGUGGAUCGUCUGUGUCUGGGGAUCCCUCGAGGGGAGUGCUUUGGGUUGCUGGGUGUCAACGGUGCUGGGAAAACUUCCACAUUCCGGAUGCUGACAGGAGAUACCUCCAUCACCAGAGGAGAGGCUUUCCUCAGUGGAUACAGCGUGCUGACCAGCCUGGAGAGGGUGCACCAGUUGAUGGGGUACUGUCCACAGUUCGAUGCCCUCAGUGACUUGCUGACAGGCAGGGAGCAUCUGGAGUUCUAUGCCCGGUUAAGAGGAGCCCAGGAGGAGAUUGUUGCUAAGGUGGCGCAGUGGGGUGUGGCGAAGCUGGGUUUGACGCAGUACGCCGAGCGCCCAGCGGGAGGUUACAGCGGGGGCAACAAGCGCAAGCUCUCUACUGCCAUUUCCCUCAUCGGAGCGCCCCCUGUUGUCUUCCUGGAUGAGCCCACUACUGGCAUGGACCCCAAGGCCAGACGUUUUCUCUGGAACUGCAUCCUCAGUGUCAUAAAAGAGGGCCGCUCGGUCAUCCUCACCUCCCACAGUAUGGAGGAGUGUGAGGCUCUCUGCACUCGAAUGGCCAUCAUGGUGAAUGGGCGGUUCCGCUGCCUGGGCUCCAUCCAGCACCUCAAGAACAGGUUCGGCGACGGCUACACCAUCGUCCUCCGCCUGUCGGCACCCACCGGCCGGCCCUGCCCCGUGGAUCUCUUCAUGCGCAGUGCCUUCCUGGGAAUCGAGCUGAAGGAGCGCCACCAGAAUGUGCUGCAGUACCAGCUGCCCUCCCGCGCCUGCUCUUUGGCACAUGUCUUCGCCACGCUGUCCCAGAACUGCCAGCGCCUGGGCAUCGGGGACUACUCUGUGUCACAAACCACCCUGGACCAGGUCUUUGUGAACUUUGCCAAGGACCAGAGUGAUGAUGACCAGCUGAGAGAGGUGACUGUGAACCGGGUGGCAGAGGUCACUGUGGACAGUGCAGGCUUCACAGACGGGACUGACCAUGCCAAGCUGAAAGAGCCGAUGGCCAAUGGGGUAGAGGGCACUAAUGAUGCCAAGGGCCACAGCUGUGGGAAGCUGCCUGAGGAGGUGGUGGUCAAUGGCACUGAAGACAUCAUGGAUGCCCUUGACAUGAAGGACCCUAAGCGUCUAACAUUGUUCUUGGAGGACAGCAGUGUGCAAGAGAGCCGGCUGUGAAAUGGGGGGAGUAUCCAUCCUCCAGUGAGGUGGUCCAGGUAGGCCAGGCUAGAGGGCCUGGGUAGGGCAGUGAACCUGAGAGCAGGCACCUUCUCGCCAUGUGGAUGAGGACCACUGCUUUGCUUGGGCAGCUUUUCCCCAAGGUUUGGUGCCUUGCUAGCUAGAACCACCGCCUGUGACAUGUUUUCAUCCAUCUCUUGAUGAUGUGCCAGAGGUCAGUCUGCCUCUGCUCUUCAACCCCCAUGCAGAUUAAAGCUGAGCUGAAACAUAGAAUUCCCACAUAUCUGCAUAUAAGAUGCAUAUUUUAAAAGUCAAGGGCAUCACAAUGUCUUUGGAAAGUGUUGCAAUUUUUUUUUUCUAUAAAUUAUUUAUUUCUAAUUAUUUAUUUACAGGCUUAAAGUAAUGGCUGCUGUUUCUUUAAGCCCUCAGUUAUGGGUGGUUAUUUCUAUGAUGCACAAAGCACUUUGAAGAAUAACAUUCUAUAACUUUAGAGCCCCCAAGAUUUUAGAAUCAGUCGCUGUUACUGUUACUAUUCCUCUUAAUCUGACAUGUUCAUCAUUUUGGGAUGAUGAUUUUCUCUAUUUCCUUCUCUCUACUGACACCUUUGUUUUAUGGAGCCUCAUCAAAACUGUGGUACUUCAAGCACUGCAGUUUUGCUAAGCACUGUGAUGUUUCUUUUUCUUUACCAGAUCUCUGAUACAUCUGGUCUAAAAUGAAAACAUCACAGAGGGGUUCUGGGUGGUCUUUACUCAUGCUGGAUUCAGUGUUCUUAGCUUGUAAUACCUCAGCGCUUGCCCUGAAGUGCACCAUUCACACGUUACAAUAAUAUAACGUCUCUGGCAGCUGUACUGUAUAGCAAACAAAACCAUUGAUGACAAAGAUGAGUAGGGAAGUAAUAUUACAUCCAGCCAGUUACAGUCUGCUGUUCCUGGUGAGGACUGAAACCCCUUUAGCAAAAAUUAAAAUACAAUUUAUUUUAUGAGAGCUUUUCAAGAGACUUGUUCGCAAGGCAACGAGGCAAUGAGCACUUUAGGCUGGUCUAACUUGGGCAACCUAAACUAAGUUUCAAAUUCAUAAGGUAGAGACCCUACGAGUAGCAUGCAGGUUCCUGCUGUAAUUCUGCUCUUUUAAGAUCUGCAUGUUUGAAGUCUAUAAUGUCCAGCUCUCAGGUACAAAUAAGGAGACAGCAUGGAGCUCAGGAUUCUAAGGUCUGGGGCCUAGUUUGGUGGUGUCGUAUCAUUGAGCAAAAAUACACUAUCGGAACUACUCCAGUCUACCCAGAUAUACACAAGGUACAAACAAGCGAUGAGGAGGGUUAACCCACAAUGUUCUAGUAUCCUUCCCAGAGAGCUCUGUUUCUCCCUGUGAGCUCAUUGCUUCUCCAGCUGGGUUAUUACACUUGGAGUUUGACUCAGAGUAGGCUGGCAUAGAAAUUGAACCUUCCCACACUUCACUAAGUUCAUUUUCGUGAUUCUGAAAAAUAAACUGAUUGAAUAAUGUAGUCCUGGGCUUUUCACCCUACAUGCCAUCCAGUCAGCUCCAUUGCAAUAAACCUUCAGGCCCAAUAAUUGCUCUAUAGAUCCUGUUAAUUACAAAUGACAUAAUAAAGGUCCUGGUUGAAUUCAUACCAUGUUACGGCUCUGGUUGUGCGGGGGUCACAGUUAGCACCUGUCUAAUGUUAGUGGUCCAUGCAAGCACUUGAAGAACCUGCACGACUUGAGUACAAGGUUACACUCAUGGCCUUUAUCGGGUCACGUGUCUUCUGUUCUGUCCCCCAUGUUGAAAUCUGCAGUGACAAACUUCGGACUGAAUCAAAGCUCUUUGUGACUCUGCUCCAGAGUGUUCUGGUGGAGUGGGGAAGCUAAAAGGAGGAACAACCACUACUGCUUCCCAUCAAGGAGGCAGCUUUCUGGACUGUAAGGCAUGCUGAAGAUAUGUACUGUAUAUACUACUGAAUGUAUGAAAGCUUUUUUCACACAUGUAGAGUACUUUGUUCUUUAGGUUGUACAUAAUGAAUUGCAGAAGUAUGAAUUGAUCUAUAUAUUAUAAUAUAUGCAUAUAGUAAACUUUUAAUGGAUGAAAA